UUCGGUCUCAAGAGCAAUUUCCACAAUAUUUCAACUUUUAGCAAGUAUAUACCUAUUAGUCGUCUAACGAGGCGUGUUCCGAUACAAUGGCCCUUGCUCUGUCGUCGUCCCCACGCGUUACCACCGCGUUGUCGAGGCGCCCACAAGGUCAUCGCACUCGGACAUCUUGCGUUAGUGUGAAAGCUCUCUCCGUUCAAGAGGCCAGUGACUGGUUUGCGAAAGCGUUUGUUCGUAUCUUCUCGCCAGAUGACAGCAAGGUCGAGCAGUUCCCCUCUAACCCGUGGACGGGCCGCAUCAGCCGCUCGAAGAAGCCCUUCAAGGAUGGUUUCGUGAGCAACGCUCCACUCCCACCUAGCUCGGCACUCGAGCCGACUGAAGAUGCGGCAGGUUACGUUGAGGACGCCGUGAAGGGUGUCGUAGCGGGCUUCCCAAAGACUGAGGAGGCCGAGCCCAACUGGACCGGCGCAACAACGGCGUGGCGUGGUGAGGUCCACAAAUCCGACAACAAGCGCGAUAGCCGUGACGGGUUCCACGUGAAGAGGUACUAGGUUCUCAACGAGGGCGAUCAGGAUGUUAAGGGUUCACGGCUCUUGCCGUAACUGGUGCGUAUAGUUGAUACCGCGUUUCUUAUUGUAUGAACUCCCUAGUGUGGAGGGCAAAUGGUAAAUGGCGAUCAUAACAGUUAACGGCUCAACAUUGGCCGGUGUUCAUUCAGUUGCCAGUAUGAAAGUUCGUUUGGUUCGCUUGUUGCGCAUCAUAUCUGUGGUCGAGUUUCUCGGUUUUCGUGGAAGAAAGCUUACGUGCAUGCACCUUUUUGAAAAUCCGUUGGUGACGGCGUUGUAAUGUCCAAGCAAAUAGGCUUGUCCAUCUUUACAAAAUUAGGAAUCAGAUUAUUUUCGAAGGGUUGGAGUCUCCUAUUUUGAUCGUCGAUGUCAACAGGUAACUGCACAGUUACUUUCUGCCGCUACGCUGUAAUGUACAUAUUUUUACAUCGACCAUCCACUGGUACAUGAGUGUCGUCAUUUCCAAUACACAGUUUGACUUUUGUUAUGGCGAUUGCGUUUUAAGUAUUCCAGUACUGUUAUGUGCACAAGAUUUACGCAGAACGUACACUCAUCGGUUAGUAAUUCGUUGGCAGGUCGCUUUUUCAGAUAUGAGGAUUAUGAGCUCCUAUCCGCGGCAUUACAGUUCAUGCUCGAAACUAUCUGGCACUUUUGCCGCCUAGCAUCGCCGCUUACUCUUCCAGGUUAUUGUAACGAGGAAUGUGCU